AUGGUGAAACUGAACGACAUAACCACGGCCUAUCGCACGCAGGCGUGGUCCUAUCUCCCCUGCGCCCCUGUAUCCAAAACACACGACCUGAACUGCGGUCACCGUGUGCAAACCGCGGCAGCCGAGCCCUGUGGUAGCAAUUGCAGUAACCCCAUGCAUCCCGUCUCCACACCCUUCAUCUGCCACAUAUGCAUCGCGCAACCCAUUCUCGAGGGCCUCGGUAUCAAACCGUAUGCCUCCACCGACGAGAUCUGGUACCCUACCAAGCUCGACGACGAACUGGCUACUGGUAUCGCCUCUGCGCUCGUUGAGGAAGAGGUGUGUUCGCUUACUGACCAGGGCCAGCGCGAUACUGCGCCUGUCCUCAAGACCGAUGGGCUCGCGGAGUUUGUGCGGGAGUACGGAACUAAGGUGCUGGAAAUUGGUGAGCGGGAGUUGCUGGCUGUAGAGAACAUGUUUCGGGGUAUGGAGAUCAAGUCGAAGGAGGAGAAGAUGGAGACUAUGGAGCAUGUUUUUGCUGCUUUGGGUUUGGCGGAGAGUGGUGUUGGAACGGAGCAGGAGGACGCUGUGAAGUGGUUCUGUUAG